AUGGCGACAAGGGGAACCAAACGGCCAGCGGAAGAUCUCGAAACGGAGUCCCCCGACAGUGCGGAAAGGCCCGGGACAGCGACGUUGGAGCAGGUUAGCGAUGUGCGGCUAGAGUUCGGAGGGAAUUGCGAGGACUCCAUGCCGGUGAAUUCUGCUUUGCUUCGCCUGGCAUCCCCUGUGUUCAACCGUAUGUUCACCAGUGGCAUGAAGGAAGCGCAGCAAGGCGUCAUCAAUGUGGAUGUGGCCAGCAAAGAGGAGUUCAAAGUGUUCUACAGUUUGCUUGCUCCUUGGGCAUGGAGCACCGACAAAGUCACAGAGGCAAACGUUGAUUCGCUCCUUGCAAUCAGUGACUAUUACCAGGUGGAGAUCAUCAAGCAAACCUGCGAGGAUUUGCUGCUUACUCUUCCGCCCAGUAGCAUGCGCCUCUUCCAAGCCCGCAGGCACAGCCUCGCAAAACAGUACCAAAGGUGUAUUGCUGCUCUGGCCAAGAAGAGCACGAAGGAGGACCUGGAGGUGCUCCGGUCGCAGCCGGACAUCAUUUUUGAAUUAACCCUCGCAAAGCAAGACAUUCUGGACAGGCUCACUAGUAUGACGCAAAGGGUCGACCAGCAGCAGAAUGAUGGCGACCCGGGUGAUCUUUUUGGGAUUUCUUCUGAUGAAAUUUUGCGAGACCUUAUCAGGGAGCUGCGCGCCGAAUUAGAGUGA